AUGAGGACGGGGCUGCUACUGGCAGCUCUAUGGCUGCUUCUGCUUUUCACCAUGACGGACGCACAAAAACUUCGCAAGCCUGACGGAGGAAUCCGUCGGAUGAAGAGGAGAAGGGACGGCCACGGGCUGUUUUUCGCAGGUCAAGCCGGAGUCAGAUUGGGGCGUGUUAAAGCCCUUAGGAGUCGACAAGCUCCCCGCGGCCCCGGCGUUUCUGUUCAGAGUGACUUGCUUGUGCUGGGAUCCUACAGGGACGCGCCGGAGAUGCACUCCAGCUACAAUGUUCUACCAGACCCAGACCUCAGUCUUGAAUUUUCUGGUGACUCCCCAGCGCCCCGCAACCGUGACGACGACCGGCACCAUUCCGUCAUCACUACCCCUACGCUCACCCGCGAGGAAAUCCAGCGCAUCGUCUGGCUGGAAGAGGAAGAGCGCAUGGAAGAAGAAGAACGACUGAAGAAGAAGGAGGAGGCCAGGAGAAGGAAGAAGGAGGAGAAGAAGAAACAAGAGGAAGAGGAAAGGAGGAAGAAACAAGAAGAAGAGCUGAGGAGGAGGAAAAUGGAAGAGGAGAAGAGGAGGAAAGAGGAGAACGAAGCUUGGGAGAGAGAGAAGAAGCUGAGGGAGGAAAUACUGCGAGAGGAGGAAGAAGAGGAGGUGUGGUUGAGAGGAGAUGUCUUCCAAAUGCUCCCAAAAGAAGAAGAACCCGUAGAACCAGAUCUCUUCCCAGCUCCUAUCCCAAGACCCCCAGCUGUUACGGAAGAUGAUGAGGUGAAGGUUGAAGAGGAAGACAAGGAAGAGGUGGAGAAGGGAGGUCUUCCUCCCGGUUGCGAGCUCUCCGACGUCACGCUGACUUGCGACAACGCCAAACUGACGUACUUCCCUCCUCUCUUCAUGCCGCAGCUCAAGUCGCUCAGUUUGGAGGGCAACGACAUCAGCGGCAUCCCGGCGGAGGCCUUCAAUGGCAUUCCCAACCUGGAAUGGAUCAACUUGAAGAAGAACAAACUCACGUCAGCCAGUGUUGACCAAAAAGCCUUUCGGAGUCUGAAGAUGCUGAAACGUCUGUACUUGGACGGGAACCUUCUAGAGGUGGUUCCCGCUAAUCUGCCGGCAAGCCUGCAGGAACUGAAAAUCAACGAAAAUAGAUUGCAGAGGAUUCACGGAAACAGUUUGCAAGGUCUGGCUAGUUUAGUGAUUCUGGAGCUGGAAGGCAACCUUCUGAGCGAGGCCAACGUGGACCCCGAGGCCUUUACGCCCCUUGGCCACCUUUGUUACCUGCGACUGGGGCGCAACCACUUUCGCUCCAUCCCCCAGGGCCUCCCCGCCUCACUCCUGGAGUUAUACCUGGAAAACAACCUGAUCGAAGAAAUCCCAGCGGGCGUCUUCAACGGCAGCCAAAACCUCAACGUGCUCUCCCUAAGGCACAACAGGCUGGAGGAGACCCGGAUCGCCCCGCUAGCCUGGAUCCACCACAGGAAUCUGGAGUCCAUGGACCUUUCGUACAACAGACUCUACCUGGUGCCGUCCUACCUGCCCAAGUCCCUAGUUCACCUGGUGCUGGUGGGCAAUCGCAUUGAGAGAAUACCUGGCUUCGUGCUGGCCCACUUGGAGCCGGGUCUGGAGUACCUAUACCUAUCGUACAACAAGCUGGACGGCGAGGCCAUCGAGCCUGAGUCGUUUUUCGGUGCCUACCACUCCAUGCUGGAGCUCUGCCUGGACCACAACCAGCUGCAGGCCGUGCCUUCCGGCAUCAAUGAGAUGACCAACCUCCACUUCCUCAGGCUAAACGACAACCGCAUCAGGAGCGUUCCUGAAGAGGGCAUCUGCGAUCCUGAGCGCACCGGCGACUCCACACUGGUGGCCGUCAGGCUGGAGAACAACCUGAUCGACCCGCUCAAGCUUUCGCCCUCAGCAUUUUCCUGCGUGCGCUCCUCUUCUAGCGUGGUCUUAAAACCACAGAAACGCAAAUGA